AUGGCAAAUGUUGGUACCAAUAGAACAAAUAACACCAGCAAUUGCCUUACUAUCACAACUGCAAGUGCACCAACAAGUGCCAAAAAAACAAAAGAUAAACAGAAACAGCAAGCCGAUAAAAGAGAAGACUAUGAAGAAAAUGUUGCCGCUAGCAGCAGCCGAGCUGCCAAUAAUCAUCAAAAUAUCAACGAAAGAACUGAAAAAGGUGGUAAUAGUACUAGUAUUGAAAAUGAAGGCAAUUGA